CGGUCGCGGCGACGCCGAUCGGUACUUGAGGGCGGUCGACGAGAUCCGGCGGUCUCUCAGCGACUCCGUCACCUCAAGCCCUAAGCGCCUCUCUUGCUCGUCGUCUUCCUGUCCGUCGCCGGCGAACGCGAUGCAGAUCGCCAUGGCCAGGCUCGAGGACGAGUUUCGGAACAUACUCGCUUCGAAAGCGAACGAAGUGGAGAUCGAUUCGCUAGUCGAUCUCAGUUCUCUCUCGAUGACCAGCGACCGAUCCGGCGAUUUCUCCGACGAGGAGAGCUCGGUCGGAGAAACAAGUGAAGGGAGUAACAGCACGAGAACUAGUUCUAGCUAUCGAUCUACGAAGAGCAUACGCGAGAUCGAUCUCCUGCCGUCCGAUGCGAUAAGCGAUCUCAGAGCCAUCGCCGAUCGCAUGAUCGACGCUGGAUACGGCCGCGAGUGCUUUCAGGUGUACGGCAGCGUUAGGAAGGCCGCGAUCGAUCUCAACCUCCGCCAUCUCGGAGUGGAGAAGCUCAGCAUCGGCGACGUUCAGAAGCUCGAGUGGGAGGUUCUCGAGGGCAAGAUCCGGCGAUGGAUCCGAGCAGCGAAAGCUUGCGUUCGCAUCGUAUUCGCCAGCGAGCGGAGUCUCUGCGACCGAGUAUUUGGAUCUGAUGAAGCUCCGUUCAUUGAUACCGUUAAAGGAGCCGCGCUCCAGCUGUUCGGAUUCCCUGACGCCAUCAGCAUCGGCCGGAGAUCGACGGAGAAACUGUUCAAGAUUCUUGAUCUUCACGAUGCGAUCUCAGAUUUGUUGCCGGAUAUAGCGUUUGUUUUUCGAUCGAAGGCGUCGGAAUCGAUCUACAGUCACGCUUCCGAUAUCUUGAGUAGGCUUGCUGAAGCUGUUCGCGGGAUAUUGUCGGAGUUUGAAAACGCAGUUCUUCGAGAGGCUACAAAAAUCCCGGUACCCGGAGGUACGAUCCACCCUUUGACUCGAUAUGUUAUGAAUUAUAUUAGUCUUAUUUCGGAUUACAAGCAAACUUUAGUUCAAUUGAUUGUGAGUAAGCCGUCUGCGAGUUCGAGGUUUAAUGGAGAGGAUGUGGGUGGUGGGGUGAUGGAGAUUGAGUUUCCAGAAUCAGAGAAUCAGUCACCAUUGGCUUCGCAUUUGAUCUGGAUCAUAGCUAUACUUCAGUACAAUCUUGAGGAUAAGGCGGCUCUUUAUAGGGAUACCGCAUGCUCUCAUCUUUUCUUGAUGAAUAAUGUUCAUUAUAUAGUGAACAAGGUGAAAGGGUCACUGGAGCUGCGAGAGCUGAUUGGCGACAAUUUUUUGAAGAAAUUGACAGGAAAAUUCAGGCAGUCUGCAACUAGCUACCAAAGGGCAACUUGGGUGAAAAUUCUUCAUUGUUUGAGAGAUGAAGGGAUUCAUGUGAGUUCUAGUUUCUCAUCUGGGGUGUCAAAGUCGACAUUAAGAGAGCGAUUCAAGUCAUUCAAUGCUGCUUUUGAUGAGGCACACAGGACUCAAGCCGUGUGGUUUGUGCCUGAUGUUCAAUUGAGAGAGGAGCUGAGGAUCUCUGUGUCGGAAAAAUUGUUGCCAGCUUAUCGUUCCUUCCUAGGCCGGUUCAGGCAUCAUAUAGAGAAUGGGAGGCACCCUGAGAUGUAUAUUAAAUACUCGGUUGAGGAUCUUGAGGGAAUGAUGCUUGAUUUCUUCGAAGGGUGCCCGCCUAAUGCACUCAGCAGGAGAAGGUCUCAUUGAAAUUGUUUCCAGGAAAAAAAAAUGACUAGUUUGAUGGCAUUUGUAGUGGCAGAUAUUCUUUGAAUCUUUUGGGAAUAUCAGGUGCAUGCUGUGCGAGAUCAAAGAUCUGGACCUUCCAGUUCAUGCGGUCGACUAUAAGUUAUCGGCUACAACGUGUAAUUUGAGGAAAAGAAGUUGAUUGUUGGAGCUGUCUGCUUAUCCAGCAUGCACUUGGUUACUUCCCCUUUAAAAAUCACAGUAUGCUAUACAUCGGAAAUGCCCCUUCACUGUGUCUGGGAACCUCUUUCUCGAUGUUGAUAAGGAUGUUGUCAUCGUUGCUACCAGGCCAUUGCUUUACUCUCCAUCCUCAUCAAACCUCUUCAAUCUCAGACCCAUACCUAUGCAAUCAGGGAUCUACACAACCACUCAGCAGACCGAAAAUAAUUUGACGAACCCUUUGUCCUCCUCAUCAGAUUUGUUAUUAUUUGGUAAUUUAGAGUGGAAGGAGAUAAUUGUAAACAACAGACGUCCUUGCUUUGCGACGACUAGCAUACACAAUGUUAUCUGUUGGAGAUAUAUGAAUUAGUAAAACUUGAAUAAUGAACUCUCUUUGUCGAACUCUCUUUGUCAUACUUUGUCCUUUUGUUUUCUUUAACUUUUUGCAAAGAUGACAUUGACCAUCUGUUAGGGACUAUAGUAAAUUAGCAGUUAGCUGUAGUGUAAAUAUAUUUUUAUACUCACUUUUUAAGCGGAUACUGACAUCUGAUUGGUACAAGGUACAUCAUGGAUUUGUAUUCCUAGAUGUCUCCUUUCAAAAAUUUAUGUAAUUAGACCGUUUUAGAUUUUUCCAGAGCAAAUGUCAUCUGUUUUAACUGAUUCGUUAAAAGUAUCAGCAUUCUACUGGAAAGGAUAUGCACUUGCUUCCUUGAGGGGCAAGAUGUACAUGGACGUAAAUAUCAUCAGUAAGUUCAACCAUACUCUUAAUCCUGAAUCUUGUUUCCUACAUGCUUGAGAUUAUUCGUGUAAAUAGCAUUUAUUGUGUAUAUGGUUUCUCACACCGUGCACGUCCAUAUUAUCUUGUAAACUUAUUUUUACUUAUUUAAUGAUAUGUUUCUUCCAUUUCAUGUGUAUGCACUGAGUCCACUGCAAAAAUAGAUGAAACAAGAGUUCAAAGUCCUAGUAUUCUCUUAAAGAUUUAUGCCAUCCAAGUGGGAUUUGGUGUUCUGUACUUCAAUUACAGCCUGAUUAGUUGUGUCAAGAUCCUUGAACUUGCAGGGCCUAGAUCUUCCUUGCAUAUCGAGGGUGGUUUUCUUCUGAAGGAUUGAGGAGUAAAAUGCAUAUCCACUUUGAACUGCAGAGAAUUUAUAUCUGAGCUAAUGG